AUGAUGAUAACUAUCGUUGUACUUCUUUCCAUUACAAUAUCAAUAACAACAGCUCAACCGAAUCCAUCAUCACGAGCAGCUAAUCCCUGUACAAGAAAUAGUGAUUGUGUUCAAGGAAUAUGUGAUACAAACAAAACAACUGCUGUAUGCAUGUGUAAUCGUGGUUGGACAUUUUCACGAGAUGGAUUAGAACGAUGUACUUAUCAACAAAAAUCUAAAUUAGCAGCAUUUCUUCUUUCAUUUUUUACUGGUGGUUUUGGUGCUGAUUGGUUUUAUUUAAGUGUUGGUAAUGGUGGUUAUAUUGCAGCUGGAGUUUUUAAAUUAUUAACUCUUGGUGGUCUUGGUAUAUGGUGGCUUGUCGAUUGGAUUCGAAUUUUAACAAAUUCAUUUCUUGAUGGACAAGGAGUUGCUUUACUUGAAUGGACUCCAUGA